GGAACCUCAUGAGGGGGAUUUUAAUUAUUACAUUGACGAGGAAGCGCUAAACCCGAGCGAGUGACAUUCUACAGAAUCACAGAGGCUCUGCUGCCUUCACCCCUCAAGGAAGGUUCCUUGAUGUUGGUGAGGGGCUCUUGAUUUAGGGAAUUGGAUCUGUGCUCGUUCCCCGAAUUAAGCCUGAAUGCCUUCCACAUCCCCCCCCCCCCAGGCGCUGUAUAAUCCUCCGGGUUUAGCGCUUCCCCUUGAUUAUAAUAAUAAUAAUAAUCUGCUGCCUUCAUUAUAUCGUUUAAUAUGAGGUUUCCUACAGUAUUAGGAAAGAUGAAAGUGUCUGGAGUCAUUUUGGCAAUUCCAAUGCUGAUCAGUUGUGCAUCAGCAGCUGUUCCCAUUGUUAUUGAAAUUGAUAACCUUGCAACAGAGGACUUUCAACCUCAGCAGGUUCAUAUUUCCAUAGGAGAAUCCAACCUAGACAUGGUGAUCACCUGGUUAACAGUAAAUGAAACGCCUUCAUCAGUAGUCGAAUUUGGGACAACAGAUUUGAGCAACUCUACAUUGGGCAGCAGGAAGGAAUUUACUGAUGGAGGCGAUGAACACCGGCAGAUGUGGAUACAUAGAGUGACUCUGAAGACCUUGCAGCCAAAUACUACAUACUUUUACCAUUGUGGAAGUCCUCUUGGCUGGUCUGAGAUUUUUUUCUUCAAGACUUGGAAAAAUGGAACUGACUGGCCCGUUUCUGUUGCCAUGUAUGGGGACAUGGGAGCUGUCAAUGCACAGUCUCUCUCUAGGCUGCAGGAGGAGACACAGAAGGGAAUGUAUGAUGCUAUAAUUCAUGUUGGAGACUUCGCUUAUGACAUGGACUCAGACAAUGCUCGUGUUGGUGAUGAGUUCAUGCGACAGAUUCAACCAAUUGCUGCCUAUGUUCCAUAUAUGACCUGCCCGGGUAAUCACGAACAAAAGUACAAUUUCAGUAACUAUCGGGCAAGAUUCAGCAUGCCCAAUUAUGAGGAUACAGAGAGUUUGUUCUACAGCUGGAACAUGGGUAAAGCACAUUUUAUUGCUGUCAACACUGAGGCCUACUACUACCUUCAGUACGGGAUGAAGCCGCUCUCUCGUCAGUAUGACUGGCUCAUCAACGACCUAGAGGAAGCAACAAAACCAGAGGUUCGUGCUGUAUACCCCUGGAUUAUAUUGUUUGGUCACCGCCCUAUGUAUUGCUCUAACAAUGACCACGAUGACUGUACCAAAGUGAACUGUCUCACCCGUGUUGGCCUGCCUUUAAUGCACACGUAUGCAAUGGAGGAAGUCCUUGAUAAAUAUGGAGUAGACUUGGCUAUCUGGGCACACGAACACUCAUAUGAGCGGUUGUGGCCCAUGUACAACUUUACUGUCAUGAAUGGCUCAGAAUCAAAGCCCUACACUAAUGCUAAGGCACCGGUACACUUCACAACAGGCUCUGCAGGCUGUGAUGAAAACCACGACCAUUUCAUGCCAGAGCAGCCUUACUGGUCAGCCUUCCGUGCCAUUGAUUAUGGCUACACCCGCCUCAGUGUCUACAACAACACACAUCUCUACUGGGAGCAGGUCUCUGAUGAUCAGGUAGCUAUAUUUUUUCGGGAAUUUUUAAGGUUGAUAUUGUCAUAAAGUCAGUCUUGUGAG